UACUUUAGAUUUUAGGUAUAUAAUUGUAAAUUUCCAAUAUUUAUCAAAUCCCAUACAACUUAGCUUCAACAUCCAAUUCACUCCAAUAUAUGGCCUCGGCCCAUAUUACGUACAUGGUGAGAUUGGGCUGGGCUGGGCCGGGCCGGGCCGGGCCUUGCUUGGUUGGGCUGUUGGACUCCAAUUCUUCUUUACUCACAGUUCCCACCUUUUCUCUCAUCCCUGCUCUCUUCUCCUAUCCAAUAAGCUCUUCUCUGAGACUGAGGCCAGAUGAUUAGGAUUCGGAUUAGCGCGGGAGAACUUCUAUUUGGUCAAACGGCGUCGUUUCGAUGGCGAGCUCUGACUCCUUCGAAGCGUUUCCCAUUCUCAUCAAUGGCGACGAUGAAGCUAAUAGGCACUCACAAUGGCAGCUUUCAUUGCGACGAAGCUCUCGCCUGCUACUUGCUUCGUCUCACCGAUAAAUUCUCCGCUGCGAAGGUCGUUCGCACUCGUGAUCUCCAGAUUUUAGAUUCCUUGGACGCAGUAGUUGACGUUGGAGGCCUUUAUGACCCGACCCGAGACCGUUUCGAUCACCACCAGCACGGGUUUCAUGAAGUGCUUGGUCAUGGCUUUACCACCAAGCUUAGUAGCGCCGGCCUUGUCUAUAAGCACUAUGGAAUGGAGAUAAUUUCAAGGAAGCUUUAUCUUGAUGAAGGACACCCAAAUGUGUAUAGGUUAUUUCUAGCAAUCUAUAAGAGCUUCAUGGAGGCAAUAGAUGCUAUUGACAAUGGAAUAAACCAAUAUGACAUAGAUCAACCUCCCAACUAUGUUAAUAAUACAAACCUAUCCUCUAGAGUUGGACGAUUAAAUUUGGAUUGGUUGGACCGUGAUCAGUCAUCUGAGAAAGAAGAUGAAGCUUUUCAACGUGCAGUGAACUUAGCUGGUGGCGAGUUUCUGGAUAUGUUAAAUUUUCACGCAAGAUCGUGGUUACCGGCUCGAUCAAUUGUUAUGGAAUGUCUUCUUGCAAGAGAAAAUGUUGAUCCAAGUAAAGAAAUCAUGGUACUGACUAAAUCUUGCCCGUGGAAGCUUCAUAUAUUUGAGCUUGAGGAGGAGAUGAAGAUUGAUCCUCUCAUCAAAUAUGUUAUUUACCAGGAUGACCGAAACAAAACUUGGAGAAUUCAGGCAGUGGCAAUAUCACCUGAUAAAUUUGAGAGUCGGAAACCUCUUCCAUCGCUUUGGAGGGGUUUGGAAUAUGACAAACUCUCUGAGGUUGCAGGGAUCCCGGGCUGUGUUUUUGUUCACAUGAGUGGGUUUAUUGGUGGAAAUCUAAGUUAUGAAGGUGCUCUAGCGAUGGCUAGAGUUUCCUUGGCAUACUAAAUUGAGAAUAUUAUAUAUAUGUGAGGUAGGUGCUUGACUAUUAUAAUCAUAUCAUAACUUCGUAUGGAAUAUUUGAUUGUCUGCAAUAUUUCUGUUUUUUUUCCCUGGAAUUUGAAUUAUAUU